AUGGCUGUCCUAUCCCGGCUUCUGCUCUCCGCCUCUGUCGCGGCUCUAGGAGUUUCUGCCUCUCCGCUAUCUCGCAGAGAUACUACAUGCAGCAGUGUCGAUGAGGGAUACACAUGUUUCCCCGACAUCGCCCAAAACUGGGGGAUGUACGCACCGUACUUUAGCCUGGAAGCGGACUCGUCAAUCUCUCCAGACGUUCCCACUGGCUGCGAGAUUACCUUGGUGCAGGCAUUGACGCGCCACGGUGCUCGCUAUCCAACCUCGGGCAAGAAUGCGCAUUACCAGGCCCUGAUCGAGGCUAUUCAAACAAACGUCACCCACCUGGAGGGGCAGUAUGCCUUUUUGAAGACAUACAACUACUCCUUCGGCGCCGGCACGCUCACUCCCUUUGGCGAGUUAGAGCUCUACCAAUCUGGCAUCAAGUUCUAUAACCGGUAUGAAAGUCUCGCUCGUGACAACGUCCCUUUUGUCCGGUCGUCGAGCUCCGAGCGCGUAGUGGACUCAAGCGAGCAAUUCAACGCCGGCUUUCAGGCUACGAAGAACGCUGACACUCUAUCCAACAAGACCCAAAGCGCACCGGUCAUUAAUGUGAUCCUGGAGGAGAGCUCCACGUUCAACAACACUUUGGAUCCGAGCAUCUGCACCAAUUUCGAGAAUAGCGAUCUCGCGGACGAUGUCCAGGCUACUUUCGCCGGCGUAUUCGUUCCGAAGAUCUUGAAACGCGUGCAAGCGCAUCUUCAUGGAAUCACACUUACCACUAAGGAUGUUAUCUAUCUGAUGGACAUGUGCCCAUUUGACACCAUUGCCAGAACCUCGGAUGGCAGUGAGCUAUCUCCCUUCUGCGAACUCUUCACCAAAUCCGAGUGGGAGCAGUACAAUUACUACCAGAGUCUAGGCAAAUACUACGGUUAUGGAUCCGGUAACCCGCUUGGCCCAGCGCAGGGAAUUGGCUUCACCAACGAACUGAUUGCGCGCCUUACUGGCACACCUGUCCAGGACGACACCAGCACAAACCACACGCUAGAUUCGUCACCGGUCACUUUCCCGCUGAACCAGGCUUUAUACGCCGAUUUCUCGCAUGACAAUGGCAUGGAGCCUAUUUUUGCUGCCAUGGGCCUGUUCAAUGGCACCAAACCACUCUCCGAGACUCGAGUUGAGUCCCUUGAAGAGACGAGCGACUUUUCUGCUGCAUGGAGCGUCCCCUUUGCCGCGCGCAUGUAUGUGGAAAUGAUGACAUGCCACAACGACAGUAAUGAGCCACUGGUGCGAGUUUUGGUGAAUGAUCGGGUUAUUUCGCUGUAUGGGUGUGAGGUGGAUAGCCUGGGACGCUGCACGAGGGACGAUUUUGUGCAGGGAUUGAGCUUUGCUCGAUCUGGAGGGAAUUGGGCGAGUUGUUUUCAUUAA